AUGGCCUCACACUGUGGCUACGUCGAGGGCUCUUCGAACAACCCGCAGAGCGAGUUCAGUGUGUGGAAAUUAGGAGAUUUUUCAGGAUCAGGCCUCAUUGUUGGCAUUGAACUCAGCGGUGAUCCUGCCAUCGAUGGUAGAAAAUUUCUUCCGGUGCUGAAACAAGCUCGAAGAGCUGGUUUGAAGGUGUCAAUUCAUUUGGCUGAGAUCUCUAACCAGUUAGAUGAAGUUGAGGAAUUUCUACGUUUCCGCCCAGAUCGGAUAGGCCAUGGGACAUUUCUGCAUACUAGGAGCGAGUUUAUUAAUCUCAUGAUUCAGCAUAGAAUUCCUUUAGAGAUCUGUCUCACAUCGAACGUAAUGAGCAUGACAACUAGCAGCAUUGCUGAUUCCCAUUUGAAAUUUUGGCGUGAAAGGUCGAUACCGAUCUGCCUCUGUGUGAGUUUUGCAUAA